AUGCACGGCCCUGUCACAGGGCAGCUAUUUGCUGUCAUUUAUCCUGUUCUCGCAGUUAUUGGCAUUCCUGGAAACCUCGCCGUCAUAAGUGUCCUUUCCUGGGGCAGGUGCGGAUUGUCCAAAUGCAUCACCUGUUACCUGGUUGGGAUGGCCACAUCUGACCUGCUGGUGUUGGUCUUUGCUGUAGUGUUAAACCGCAUUCAAAGCCUUUAUUUCCCCAACAGUUUCCUGUCCAUCAGCCCCUCCUGCCGAAUCAACGUGGCUUUAGUCUAUGUGGGGACGGACAGUUCAGUCUGGCUCACAACGGCCUUCACAUUUGAUCGCUACAUUGCUAUCUGCUGUGGGGCGCUGAGUGUUAGAUAUUGCCAAGCCAGGACAGCGAGGUUGGUAGCGAUCUCUGUCUAUACCUUCUUUGGCCUAAAGAAUAUUCUUUGGUACUUUGCAUUGGAGCCUGAGAAGAUUGUCAACAACGUGCCCUGGUUCUGUGUGCUGACACUGAGGUAUUACACCACUUCUCACUGGAUAGCCUUCUCAUGGCUUAACCGUGUCCUCACUCCCUGUGUCCCAUUUCUCCUCAUCCUCUUCUUCAACGUCCUCACCGUCAGGCACAUACUAUUUGCUAACCGGGUGCGGGCGAGGUUGAGGCAGGGGCGGAUGGUGGAUACAGAGCGGAACAACAGACAGAAGUCAAUCGUGGCUCUCUUCACCAUUUCCGCAGGCUUCUUCCUCCUCUGGUCCACCUACCUGGCUCACAUGCUCUACUAUCGCCUCACACGCACCUUCAGCUAUUCACCGGGCACUGGGGAAUCAGCCUACUUGCUGCAGGAGAUGGGGUUUCUGCUGCUGCUGGUCAGCUCCAGCACCAACACUUGUCUGUACACCUUCACCCAGUCCAAGUUCAAACAGGAGCUGAGGAAUGCUCUCCUUUGCCCGCUCAGGCUGUCUGGCAGGCUGCUAAAUGCAAGGCUGGGCUGA